GAUCCCUUGUCUUUUAUCUUCUCCAUCUUUAUAUAGUCUAGGUUUCGUUGGCAACCCUUCAACUGUUCUCCUAGAUAUUUGGCUUCAAUUACGGAGCUCGCUUUAGGCUCCUCUUGACCGAGUCUCUUAAGGUGUUAGCUCACUUUCUGUCGUGACCUCUGCUAUGAUGUCUCCCAGGUCCAGUCGUCAGCUCGGCUUUCAGCUCCCUUUGUUAUGAUGGGCUUAUCGCAACCCACAUGCUAGCUCACGCUUAUCGGUACCUCACCUGAGGGUCAUAUUCGGGUCCAACAGUUGCCCCCAGCUUCCGAAUAAAAUCCUUUGUCUCGGAAGCUAGAAUCUAGCUAUCGAUCUUAUCUUUUCGUUAAGAUAAUGAUUAGUUCUUAUCCUAUUUAGAUUCAGCUUACUCGAUCUAACGGUCUUUAUUACGUUUGGCAGAAUCUAUGGUUCAGAUGGAGAGGGUUUGAAAUGACUUUUCCGAAUCUCGAGAGGUGAUGGGAUAUAAAGCGGUGAACAUUAACUGCUAGCCUUCCACUUUCUCCACGCCUCCGUUCGGUUUUCAAGAAAUCGAAGAUCCCCCGAAGCUCUCUACCAAGCUCACCAGGGCUCUAUACCGCAAGUUGCAACAGAGUCCCUGUACCUGGGUGGCCUACACCACUUCUCGAAUAAGUGCAGCCAGAUUCCCAGAUACCUACAACGCCUCUUUCCAAGAUCCCAUUCCUGCUGAGAACCUUGAGAGUGAGUUCUUGUCCGAACCUUUUCAAUGAUUUUAUCGCUUUGAAGUUUUUAAACUUAAGGAUUUCCAUUGUUCCAGUUUCGGCAGGCGAUUCGGUUGUAUCGAUCUCAACUGGUGCUAGUGCUUCGGGAACUGAAAAGUCUCAGCCAGGUGACAUGACUCUGCGACCGUCAUUCCGUUCUAGGGGUAACCCCUCUAAAGCUGCCAGUGCUUCUCGUGGAAGCGACAGGAACCAAGGAGGAUCGUUCCUUAUCUCAAUGAAGGAAGUUUUGGACGACGGAGGAUCCAAACCUGUUGUCGAGACUACUCCAACUGAGGUUGUAGCUCAGGAUGCUGCUCCUCUCCCUGAGGUCCAGGUGCCGGAGGCUGACUACCAGGCUCCGAAGGGUACCUCUGAGAUCGAGCCGUCGAGACACAAGAGGCCCAGGAUCGAUCAGGGCGGAGCUUCCAUCCGUUCUUCUUCCUCGUCCUCUAGAGGAGGGACUGUUGGGUGGAGCUUUACCCAUUCGAAGCCUGGGUCGAUCCUGGAUGACUCUUGGGGCCUAGCUGCGAUAAUGAGGCACCUGAAGAGCGUGGGAUGUCCCCUUCCAGCGCUCAAGGACCUGACUAACCGAGAUGAGUAUCUCGAUAUUGCCCACUGUAUGGGUCAGUUGGCUGGGGCUGUUAACAGGGCCCAGCUCAGGUUUGAGAAUGCUCUGUGUGCUGCCCCCAAUGCUGGUGAACUUGCUGAGGUUACCGAGAUGGUUAAGGCAGCCAAAACCGAUCUUGACCAAGCCCGGGUUCGAAUUUCUGAACUCGAAGCCGAAGUGACGAGGCUAGGCUCGAAGGCCGAUGCUCAGCAAGGAGAGAUCGAGAGUCAAAAGCUCGAUAUCCAGGUGAAGAGCAGGAGGAUCAAUGAUUUAGAGGCUGCUCGAAAGAUAGCUGAGCAUCAAGUACGUGAGCUCAUUGCCUCAUCCCGGGAUAGCCAGAAGAACAAGGAAGCUGAAGUCAAGCUGGCUGUCAGGGAAGGGAAGAAAGAAGUCGCCGAAGCUUACGGCAAGAUCCUGGUCUGUGUUAAGGAGAAGUUUGCUAGGAAGAAAGAUGAGGUCGACGCUUUGGUGUACGCUCAGGAGCUCCAAGCUAAUGCCGACCUCUUGAAGGAUAUGCUGAACAACAAGAUCCAAAGCGUUGAAGAGGAGUACAACCAAUUGGUGGCCUUAUUACCAGAAGCGACAACUGCGUAUGAGAAGGCUCAAGUCUCUGACUUCUCGGUCAGCAAGCUUCCUCUUCCCCAGAUCUCGGAGAGUUCAGGUACUUUCGAGAUUAACAUGUUUAAUCCAUCCUUUUCUGGGGAGUAUGGCUCUAAUUUGGGUUUGAUGGCUCCUGACUUAGCUCCAGUCGAGGCAGCAAUAGGAGGUGACGGCAAUGUGGUCGAUGAGGGAGUUCCUGCCGGUGCUGGUGAUCCGAUUCAGGAAGAGAAGGAAGAUUGAGAGCUACGGCUCUUUUAACUUUAUGUUUUGUGUUUUUAAGACUUCGGCCUAAGGGCUUUGUUUCGUUAUGUUUUGUGACUUAGUGCCUGAGGAGGCCUUUAAACCUUAACGCUUGCUGGAUUUCAAUAGCCUGGGGAGGUUUUUAAACCCUUUCUUAUGUUUAAAUCGUGGCUAUUAUUUCUGUUUUAAGUUUUUGAACUUAACCUCGUUUCAUUUAAUCAUAGUGAUUGCGAAUCUCA